AUGUGCGACAUUUUAAACGUUGGAGGUGAGCCGAUCUUUGACGAUCGCAUUGUUAAGAUUGAAACUCACACGUACAAUCCGUACGUAAACACAACAUUUGAACANAGUGAUGAGAUACGCAUACCUAUACAACAGCAGGACUUGUACACUUUACCGUGUCAAAGUUUUCUUUACGUCGAAGGAAAAAUGACGUUAACGACNAAAGACGAAGAAGAAGUAUUUCUGGGUAAUAAUUGUGUGGCUUUUAUGUUUGAUGAGAUUCGCUAUGAACUCAAUGGUAUGGAGAUUGAUCGUAAUAGAAACGUUGGAAUAACCAGCACAAUCAAAAACUAUGUAUCGCUAACAAAUGAUAAUAGCAUGGCCAUAAAGAAUGCUGGAUGGGAUAUUACACAACAUACGGACGUAGAUAGUUACUUUAGUUUCUGCGUACCUCUCAGCAUGAUAUUAGGAUUUUGCGAUGACUACAAGCUAUUGAACGAUGUCACGAAGCUCUCGCUGCUACGAACUCUGGAAAGCGGACGGUAUUUGACCAUGAGUUUCCGCUCGUGGGAUCUCUAUGAGUUUCCAUUAUUACAAAGCACGACUAAACACUUGUGGGCCGUAAAAACGGCGACACAACUUGAGAAACCGAGAUACGUCAUAUUUGCGCUACAGACUGCUCGAAGAAACGAUAUGUCAGCAGAUGUCACGCGAUUCGAUCACUGUCAGUUGACCAACGUAAAACUUUAUCUCAAUUCUGAAUUUUAUCCUUAUGACGACUUGCAUUUAGAUUUUGAUAGAAAAAAAUAUGCCGUUCUGUACCAUAUGUACACACAUUUCCGUAAAGCGUAUUACGGAUGUGGUGUUGUCGUACCGUUUCUCACGAUUUCCAACUUUUUGCAAUGUGGUCCUUUAGUGGUCCAUUGA